CUUUGGGCAAAAUGUUAACUGUUUAAAAAAGUCCCACAAAACCCAAACCUCUAAAAUAUCUCCUCUCCAAAAUCCCAGGCCCAGCCAAGAUGCUUUUCUGAGAAAAUAUCCCAAUUCUCUUUCUCACUAACGCGGAGCGACACAUCAAUGGCGGCUUUGACUGCAUGUUCACACGGAAUUGUGUACACUGGGGAAUUUCACAACAGGGGCCAACACCAGCAACAACAGGCCGGUAGCAGCGGCGGGUUCUUCUCUUUGAACAACUCCCCUUCUUCUUCUUCUUCUUCUUCUUCUUCUUCUGGGUUUCCUCUGUUCGACGGGAGAAGGAACAGAGAGUGUUCAGGGAAGAGGAUUUCAAGGAAGAGGGAUUUGAGAGCCGACGGUUUCUGGCCGGAUUUGAGGGCGCGACCCACUUCCGUUGAGAUGGAACCCAUCACAGAUUCAGAGCAGCUUGAUCAGAUCCUGCUCCAUGCCCAGGAGCUCGCUCAACCUGUCGUCAUUGAUUGGAUGGCAUCUUGGUGCCGGAAGUGCAUAUAUCUGAAACCCAAGCUGGAGAAAUUAGCCGCUGAAUUUGACACAAAAGCAAAGUUUUAUUUCGUGGAUGUGAACAAGGUCCCUCAGACUCUGGUGAAGCGCGGGAACAUAUCCAAAAUGCCUACAAUUCAGGUAUGGAAGGACGGGGAGAUGAAGGAGGAGGUGAUCGGAGGACAUAAAGGGUGGCUGGUGGUUGAGGAAGUUCAGGCUAUGGUCCAGAAGUUCCUGUGUUAAGGAUGAUCUCUCUGCCUGCCCAAGGAAUAACGCCAUACCGUAUAUGUGUUUGUUCUCUCUGUAUCUACGGGGAAAUCUCAGUUGAAUGCAGGGAUUUCACAAAGGGAUACAUUCAGUAUUUUUGUAUAAGUAGUAGUAUUGUAGCAGCAGGGUUUCCUCCUGUCCAUUACUAUACUAUUCAUAUAUCUGUAAAGUAUACGAAUAUGCCAUGGAUUUCAAGCAAGAAGCACAUUGAUAGAUAUCAGUAUUGGAGGAUAAAAUUUAACAAGAUCGA